AAGUAAUAACUUCAAUGAAUAUAUUUAGUAAGAGAUUCAAAUCUUCUUCGCCAGUAAAUAGAUAAUGAAAACAAAGGUUUAAAUUGACUAACUGGCAAUCGAAAUAUAUUUAGCACUUAAAGACACUUAUUGAGAAACAUUUAAUAAUUAUUAUCCAUACGUAGAAGAAUUCUUGUUUUAGCUAAUUACUGCGGCUGUAUCUUAUUGCACUGUUAUGCGUACUGUGCAUACAUGAUAACGAAGUGACGACGAAAUAGCGAAGAUUUUGAGAGCAAUGCUUAUUUAAAUAAAAAUAAUUGCUCUACAAAAAUAAGUGAUGGAAGUUUUCUAACAAUAAAGCUAUUUGUGUUAUACGAUAUACGUCACAAAUAUGUAUAAUUGGCAUAUAUCGACUAUUUCGGGCAACAUAGUGUCAUUACAAUUUGGUAGUAUAAAUUUUAUAAUAAUUUAUAAACUUUUCUGGGAGUCUUUUUUGGGAGGAACAAUUUGUUAUUUAUAAUUAAAUAUUAAUCGCUUUCGGAACAUAAUUUUAGAUGUGCAUACGGUAUUUCAAUAUUUUAUACCUUCAUUAAUAGUAUUGUAUCUAUACAAUAAUAAACAAAUAAAAUAUUAAUAGCUUAUGUUAAAAUAUUCACGCAAAUAUGUACUAUUAAACUAUUUUAUGUCUAAAGCUAUUUUUAAAUAUUGUAUGCUACAAUAGUACUAUGCACACACACAUGCGCGCGCGCGCGCGAACGCAUGUACAUACAGGGUGCAAUUUAAUUCGUGCCCACUAUUUACGCAGUGACGUUUCUCAUGCAAAAACUGAGUCGAAAAUUCCUAAAUGAAUUUUUUCUAUAAUGUUUAAUAAAGUAGCAAUUAUUGCUAGGCGCGCAGGGAGUUGUUUAUCACAAGUGGCAAUGGUUAGGCAGGAGCGGCGCACAAUGUCGAUCACUAGGCGGUCACAUCUCGCCGUGCGCUUGCAUUCGGCGGUAGGCUGGACUAAUACAGCGAUUUUUAAUAAUUAAUAAUUCGUAAAAUAUUGCGAAAAUUGCAAAAUGGUACAGGACUUUUCGACUCAGUUCAGUCCGCUCUAUCUGCACACGUGCAUUGUCCCAAACUUUCUGAGACACCUUGCAUAAAUAUAUAAUAUAUAUUAUAUAUUUAUAUACGUUACACAUACCAUCUUAAGAUAAUUUCUAAGCUUUCAUUAACUCGAAACUAUCAUUUUGUGUACUGAAAAUAUAAUUAAUGAUAAAAACAUGAUGAUCCGAGAUUUCGUAUUUUCAUCACGAACAACGUAUCUGUAUAAUAAGUAUGGAUAUAUCAAAAUAUUCACACGGAUGUUAUAUAUCUUAUGUCGAAGAAUAUUCUUCAACGUCUCAAAGUGGACUGAUCUUUUAGCCGACGGCGAUAGUCAAGUGCGCUUGCGCUUCUAUAAAUUAAAAUAUGAAAUAUGUCUAUCUAUUUUUCUUAUGUUCUUCAAUUCACUUUCCAUUACACUUAUCUAUAGUCUCAUCAAUGUUUCACUCCAUAAUAAUAGAAAAUUAUUAAAUGAUAGAAAUUUCUAAAUUCAUUUCUACAUUUAUUCUUAUAAUGACUUAACAACAGUGUAUAAAUAUAUAGAAGACAUUUUAUAAAAAUGAAAAUAUUCAGUGUACUUGUCAGAAAGAAGAUCAGUCGAUCGCGUUUCAUUGACAAAGCUGUUCUAGUCCGUCGCGCUAAAUGGUAUUUGCAGGCGAACGUUGUUUUAAGCUUCAUCGACUUAUGCUUCUGGCUAUAGGAUUAUGGCCAUAUCAGAAAUCAUUUAUCUGGCGAAUACAAUCAGUUUUCUUCUUCAGUGCAUAUUGUUCUACUUUAUUUUCUCAGUUACUGAUAUUUGUAACGAUGGCAUGUAAUAUGGAUUGUACCUUAAAAAGAUUUUGUUAUAUUAGCAUUACUAUUGGUUGUAUCGUGAGUUACUACUCUUUCUAUUUCAAUUCUGAAAUUAUAAAAAGAGCGUUGCAACAUAUGCAGCACGACUGGAAAAUGUUUGAAAGCAGUGACGCAAUAAAUAUAUUUGAAGAAUAUCUCUUCGAAGCUUAUAUUUUCGUAUUUACUGCGUUGAUUUUCGUUAUUCUGGUUACAACCAUAUUUGUCCUUUUUGAAUGUAGUCCUUUUAUUCUUGAUGUUAUCGCACCGCUGAAUAAAUCCAGAUCACGAAAACUUGAAUUGGACAUUGAACUUUUCAUUGAUGAAGAUCAAUAUUUCGUUUUGUAUUUAGCGCAAGAGAUUUUAGGAUCCAAUGUCUGUAUUUGGUCGAUAAUUACAACCGGAACAUUCCUAGCUACAAUAUUGAAACAUUUAUGUGCAACAUAUAAAAUUGCUAGUUCUUUAAUCCAAAAUACAGUAACCGUCUAUACGCUACAACUUCCUGUUGUUCAAAGAAUACGAUUUAUGCAUCGGAACAUUUGUCUUUCAGUUUACAUUCAUAACAGAACUCUGGAGUUCUGCAAAGAUUUUCUUCUUUCGAUUGAUUUUUGGUAUUUCCCGCUACUUUUAAUUUGCGUACUGUCUUUAAGUUGCCUUCUGCUUCGCUUAUACAAUGCCGUACUGCAGUUCAAUGACUUCUAUGAUAUUUUAAUGUCCUGUAUAUUUUUGUUGUGUUAUCUCUCAUAUAUGCUUCUGGCAAAUUUUCUUGGACAAUCUUAUACCGAACACAGUGUAAAAAUAUUAGAAUCUACAUAUAAUACUCUUUGGUAUGUAGCGCCACUACCAAUCCAAAGGUUAUUCUUAAUUAUGCAAAAAUCUAUAAAAAGUCAUAAAAUGGUGUUGGGUGGACUUUUUGUUGCAUCCAUAGAAGGAUUUUCUACGGUAAUAAGUUACGUAUUACUAACAUAUAUAGUAACUUCAGUGAAUAUAUUUAGCAGUUCAAGGUACUUGCUAAUAAACAUUUAUUGUCUAUACGAAGAAGAACUCUCGUUUCAGCUCAUUACUUCGGCUCUAUCUUAUUGUACCGUUAUGCACGCUGUGCAUUCAUAAAAUUAUGAAAUGACGUCGACAUAGCGACGAAGAUUUGUUAAGAGCAACGUUUAUUUAAAAUAAUUGUUCUUACAACGAUAACUGGUGAAAGCUUUCUAAGAAUAAAGUUACCUGUAUUACACGUAUAAUACGAUGUAUAAUACUUCACAAAUAUGCGUAACUGGCACAUAUCGACUACAUAUUUUGAGCAAGACAUUAUUUCAUUACAUUUGGUAUAUAUUUUAUUUUAAUUUAUAAAUCUUUGUUUUAGGAAUAUUAUAUGCUAAUUAUUAUAUUAUGCUUUAUAAAACAUUCAUUAAAUUUGAUUAUUCUAUGUUGUAAUCGAUUAUGUAAUAUGAUAUUAAUAUAUUUUGUUAUUGCUGUACUUAUGGCAAACAAAAUAGAAUUCAUUAUAUUUAAUAUGUUAUAUUUAAUAUGUACUAUGUUAUCUAAAUCUUCGUUUUUCAAAAACUAAUUUGUAGCACAUUGCCUACGACUUCAGUGAUGUAAAUAUAGUAUCUAUAAAAAAAGUAUAAAUAUAUUACGUCACAAGAUA